GCCGUGCGGUAAGACGUGCGGCUACAAAGCAAGACCAUGCUGAGGGUGGCUGGGUUCGAUUCCCGGUGCCGGUCUAGGCAAUUUUCGGAUUGGAAAUUGUGUCGACUUCCCUGGGCAUAAAAGUAUCAUCGUGCUAGCCUCAUGAUAUACGAAUGCAAAAAUGGUAACCUGGCUUAGAAACCUCGCAGUUAAUAGAUGAUUUAUUUAUUUAUUUAAAUAAAUAAAUAAAUAAAUAAAUAAAUAAAUUAAAAGGCCAUAGUCACUGCACUAAUAAAAAUCCACACAUUUUUAAUGGCAAAAAUCUGAAGAAAUUUACAAAUAAAUUUUAUGUGUGCGUUAAUAACCACCCGCUAUCCAGCUUUCAACGCUUGGUAAUGGCGGUUUGUCGGUAUGCAAAAAUCAAACGGUCGCUGUACUUUUUGACACUAGCUGGAGGAAAACUUAGUGGCGAAAAGGCCUUUUUUCCCUUCCUCUCACCCAUCAGGAACGCCAGUGAGCUUUCCUCCAGCUAGUUUCAAACAGUACAGUGACCAAUUGAUUUUUACACACCGACAAGCCGCCAUUACCGAGCGUGGAAAGCUGGAUAGGAGAAUCCACAUAAAUGUUAUUAGUUAAUAAGGGUUAUGUGUGCUUCCACAUAUAUGCUAUGCAAAUUCACAUAGCUGUUAUGUGGGAAAUGCUAUAGUCAAAAUUUAUGUGUGCCACACAAAAAGAUAUUUUAGUUACUAGUUAAAGAUUGUCGCUGUCGUCGCUGUCCGGAACAUCUUUUGCUGGCGAGGAUAGGGGAGCUAAAUGUCAAAGAAGGAAAAUCCAUACGAUUUGACAGGAUUAUGCUUUUUUUUCAAUAGUCAUAUAAUAUUAAUAAAAUAAAUUAGCUUGCAUCUCACAGAGUUUUUGAAAAAUGUAACAAGAAAAGUAAUAUUGCAGAUCAAUUUACCGGAUGCAAACUAAUAACAACAGAAUACGACUUUUGCAACGCUCGCAUCGGCGGACUUCUUUGGGAUACGACAUGUACCACACAUGUUUCGGACAGCAGAACAAAGGAAACCGAAGCGACAAUCUUUAUCUAUAGCAAGACAUAUAGCUUUUACUACAUAAUAUGAUCUAUAUCGGGGUUAUAUGCAUAGUAUAUGCACCGAACAUGACAUAAGCACAUACUUUUAACAAUAACUGAUAUGGUUAUAAUUUAUAUGAGCGUUUAUAAAUUUGAAUGACCAAUCUUGUGGAACCUAUUGGGAUGCAUAUAAAACUUAUGUGUUGAGCAACAUAUUAAGCUUAUAAGAUAUUUCUGAUGGAAAACCCUCCUGGAUUUAUUUGAGUGUAGUAACUAAAAUAUCUUUUGCCACACAUAAUGGAUAUGAUUGGAUUUUUGUCAGUGUGUUUAUUUUGGAUAAUUUUGAAUUUCAGUGCUGAUUUUUAGAUCUCAGAUUUUUAGCGUGUUGAAUUUGAAUGCAACAUAAAAAUGUAUUUUGGCACGUUUCAUUAUUAUUUUGAUACAACUCUGAAAUAUUUCAAUUUUGGCGCGCCAAGCGACCUGGUGGUUGUUGAGUUGGAGAGGUUUCGUAUAGUUUGUGAUGUUUUAAUUUUCAUCCGUAAUUUUUGUAUAAUUACGUUGUUCAGAGUGUAUUUUAGUUCCACGUUUAAAGCCGACGCAAAAUGCCGUACAAGCGUUCUUCUAUGCGAUACGCCCAUAUCGCUGGAUUCACCAGUGCGAUUUAUCAAGGUGACGGCAAGCGGAUUAUCACCGCCGGAAAUGAUGGUGAGCUUCGGAUCUGGGAGAGUAUGUUCGAUGACGAUGCCUCUUCGAGCUGCGUGGCCGAGAAUGUGUGGGCCGUGUUGCAGUACGACGACCGGAUUCUUGUUGGCUCCGAUUUGAACUUGGUUCAGGCGUAUAAAUUUCCGGAAAUAGAGAAAGACGGAAUCGAGUUUAGGUUCACGGCUUUUGUUACCAGUUUGGUACGUAAUGGGCAAUUUUUGGCAGCCGGUUCCGAAGAUGGGAUGAUCAAAGUUAAGUCAUUAGGAGAAAAAGCGGAGGAAUUUGAACUGGGAGGACAGAAUGGUCCGGUGCUGAGUAUGGAUUUGAGUGCGAAAAAUCUGCUUGCGGCAAGUUGCGGGGAUGGGAAGCUACGAGUUUGGGAUUUAACAACCAAAAAGUUGUUGAAGACAGUGGAUGGCUUGCGGAAAGUAAAGAGUUUCGAGGGAUGCGCUUUUUUCGCAACUCCAAGUUUCGAUCCAAGGCAUGGUGGUCUGUUGGCUUUUCCCAAAGGCAGUGAGAUAGUUGUGUUGAAUACAAAUACUUGGGAACAACACAAAGUGUUGAAAUCGGAGGAAGUGACUACUGACAUAGCGUGUGGAGUUUUUUCCCCGCUUGCGGAAUAUUACGCUGCCGCAAAUGCAGAGGGAGAAAUUGUGGUGUGGGACUACAAAACAGGGAAAGUAAUCAAUGGGCAGAAGGCAACGGUUGAUUCUUAUCCAAUAUCAAUGAUAACGUGGAAUCCGAGCAACAACGGGGAGCUGUUGAUCUGCGAUGAUCAGGGACAGAUGGGGAGUGUGACGGAUAUUUGCAUUGAUACUGAUGAAGACGACGAUAAUGAUUUGAUGGAAAUGGCCGAGAAGGAAGCUGAUGGAGUAAUUAAUCAAGAUGAUGAUGAUGAUGUUGAUAUACACGACAUUUAUACAAAACACGUGGCUGCGAAGAAAAUAGUUGACGAAGAGUCAAAAGAUGACGAAAACACUAUCUCCGUGCUCGACAUUAAGAGCCAGUACGCUGCUAUGGACGAUGGUCAGAGUGCUGAUGAUCAUGGUGGUACUGAAUCGCAUCACAGUGAGGCAGAUGACGAUGAUGAUGCUCAAUCUGUGGCGAGUGCAAAACUAAAGACCUUUCUCAUGCAGAAGUAUUUCCAAUCCAGUUCAACGCCUGAUCAUCUGGAGCAUCGUUAUUUGGUGUACAAUCACGUAGGAAUUGUGAGGGCUCAUUCCGACGAUAGGGAAAACUAUAUCGAAGUGGAAUUUCACGACUCAUCGCAGCAUCAUGGUAUUCACAUGAAAAACUUUCUUAAUCAUACUAUGGCCGGUCUUAGCGAGUCUGUAUUGGCUAUGGCUUGCCCUGCUGGAUCGGAGAGCAAAAGCAGUAAACUAGUAUGCAUCAAUUUCGUAGCAUUUGGAAAUCGAGAAUGGAGCUGUACUAUGCCUGGAACGGAAGAGAUAAUCGGGGUUAUAGCUUCCGAUAAAAUCGUAGUUGUGGCAACCGAUGCCCGUUUAUUGCGUGUCUUUACUUCCAGAGGCACUCAAAGAGAAGUGCUGUCUAUUCCAGGCCCACUCGUUUCUUUAGCGGCUUAUGGUGAUCACUUUCUUGUAGCCUACCACCGUUCCCCCGCAAGUGAGGAUCAACAUCUCAAUCUGAUGGUGAUCACAUGUGUAAACUACAAACUGAGGUGCCGCGAGAUACCGAUUCCGUUGUCGGCUGAAUCGAAGCUGCGCUGGCUCGGUUAUUCAGAUAAGGGAUCCCCGGUCAUCUACGAUUCAGAAGGAAUUAUGCGUCUCUACCAUGCGGCAUCCAAUCUGUGGUUUCCGAUCUUGGACGCCGAAGAUCACAAAGUUGGGGCGUCGGAUAGUUUGUUUAUUGUAAAAGUGUCCGAAUCGACACGAGAAGCUCACAUUAUCGUCUGUCGAGGUGCGAAGUAUCCCCAAACGAACCCACGACCCAUCCCGAUGAAUGCAAAACUUCAGGUGCCGGUUUGUGAGAUGGACAGUGAGAAAGGUGGCUUGGAGAAUGAAUUGCUGCAGAGUAUCUACUUUAGGCACGAUGAUGCAGAAAAAUUGAUGAAGGAAACGGCCAUCAAGUUGUUUGCGCUGGCUUGCCGAGCUGAAAUGGACCAGCGGGCCAAGGAAUUAAUAGAAACGAUUGCGUCUAGCCAACUGAUUCCGCUUGCCAGCAAGUACGCCAAAAAAAUCAAUCGAGUCCACGUGGCGGAAAGUCUGGCAUCAUUGCAGCCCACAUUUCAAGAGCAGGAAAAAGAGGAGGAACGCCAUGAGUUGGAAAUGAUCCGAGAAAAUGCGGCUAUGGUCAGCGAACUGGAACACAUCAAUCUGGAAGCGGUAACGAAAAAAGAUAAAGCCCCCAAAAUUGAACCCAUACCAGUUGCGCGUAAAAAUCCUUUCAAAAAAAGUCAAAGCGCUGCAAAUAGUCCCGCAACGCGGAACCCUUUGCGCCACCUCACUUCCAAUGCAAUCGGGUUCCCUUCCCCAAGCGCAUUUGACAACUCCUCGGGCUCAGUUCAGCAAAGCGGUACUGCUGAUAACGGCGUGACAAAUGAAAAUCUACCGAAAAGUGGAGCCAACACCCCUACCAGCAGCACCCCCUCGAACGGACAGAAAUUUCCGGCUUGGUUUGAAAGGAACAAGACCCAGCUGGUAGAGGAAUAUCCGACCGCAAGCGAACAGGAACUGAUCAAAAUCGCCUUGAAGCAGUUCAGAACACUUAACACUUACUUGACGCCGCAGGCCGGUAACGAGAAACGAAAGCGUGACGAUGGCGAACAGGGGGAAUCUGGAGUGGCCAAACUGGCCAAGUUUGGGUUCGUCAAGAAUUGAUGACUUUAUCUUUCUUUAAUAUAAGAGCUAACGUUAAUGAAAUGUU